AUGGAAGAUAUAAAAAUUAUAAAAAAUCAAUCAACGAUUGAAGAACGAAAAAUCGUUUACGAAUGGAAAAUUAAUCAAUUUCUUUCAAUUACAAGUUCUCCCAUGAACUGUGCAAGCCCUGACAGUAUAAUCGAAUCACCAGUUUUUUCAACUAGUAAUAUACGUGGUGAUAGUUCAUGGCGUUUAAAGAUAUUUCAUCAAAAAGAUCGACAAUUUAUACGUGGAGAACAGGCAUAUCAAACUUUCGAAAUUCGUCGAGACUGUAAUGCUCAGAAUGUCGUUGAAGUAAGUGAACUAAAUAACGAAAAAGAUAAAUAUGUACCUGAUGACACAUUAACGGUAUCCCUUGAACUUACUGAACUUAUUGUACGUUCUAACACUAGUCAACCCACCACUAAACUUCGAUUAGGAGAAUCGAAACAAAUUGUCGACGAUUUGAAAGAUCUUUUUCAUAGUAAAGAAGGCAGUGAUGUUGUUCUAAUUGUGGGAGAUAAGAAAAUUCCAGCUCACAAAACUUUGCUGGUGAGUCGAAGCCCUGUAUUUUCUGCAAUGUUUAAACAUAAGCUGAAAGAAAACCAAGAAAAUGAAGUAGACAUUCCUGAUAUGGAUCCUGAUAUUUGUGAGAAACUGUUAGAAUUUAUUUAUACGGACAAUGUGACUGAUUUUGAUCAAUUUUUUGAACGUUUAUACGAACCGGCAGAUAAAUAUCAGAUACCAGCUCUUAAAAAGGUAUGCGAAGAAUUACUUUAUAAGAACGUAAAUGUUGAAAAUGCCGUUCAAUAUCUCGUUUUACUUGACCGUCAUAAUGCUGAUCAACAUCUAGGUAAUUCAAUGCCACAACAUAAACUGGACAUUUGUUAA